GGCGCGUCACACUGGUCACUGCUGCCGAGAAUAAGCCGGUACUGCAGCUCGGGACGAGAGGCGCGGCCGAGGAGGACCCUAUUUUCCCCAAACUGGUUUCCGUCUGCACAAAUCGAGGGUGACCACAAAAUCCAGUCUACAGGGUGCAUCCACCAUGGCAAGAUCGUACUAUAUCUGAUCUGGGACCAGCUAAUGGAUUGCUCGUAACACAUAUCAACAAGAUGCAAGAUCUGCUGAGAGUACAAAUGAAGAAAAUACAGUCUAAAAAAGUGCAAACCACAGAAGAAUGGCUAAGAAACUACAGUGUAGAAUCCUUACAAUUGACAUUAAAGCAUCUGAUAAAUGAAGGCAAUAUUAUUUUGAAUUCAAGAAACGGUGUUGAAGAGAUAGAGUUGACAGAAGAGAUUGUUACCAAUUUUGAGUCCAGACUUUCUGAAGUGAUUGAACUUUACCAUCAGCGAAUUCAGUGGCUGUUGCAGAACAGCAGAAAGGUGUUUGGCCUUAUAAAGGGAACCAAAGUUGGACUUAUGGUUGAUGUGUCUCAUAUGAGUUACGGACCUAGACUACUGGAUUUUCAGAAGGACCUUUUGUGCUUAAUAGAUGAACAGCUAUGUUAUAAGAAGCAAUUGUACUGCCUCUCAUUCAGUACAGAAAUUUCACCUCUGUGGGAGAGUCCAAAAAACAUCAAUGUUCGUGUGCUACAGGAAGCGAGACAGUGGAUACAACAGCUGGAGCCUGGUCAAGGCUGCAAUUUGCUGAAAGCCUUAAAAGAUGUCCUUACGAUGAAAGAACUGAAUUCUCUGGUUCUUAUUGUAGGAAGCUGCCCUGAUCAGACUUUGGAAACAUUGUCUGACUACGCUCAGCAGCGUAUGCUGGGAAGAAAACUGCAGACUCACGCUGUUACAUAUGAUUGCAGCAAUCCUGCUUCACUUGCAGUUCUAAAGAACCUUGCAGAAGCUCUAAGAGGCUGUUAUCAUUGCUACUCUUCAAAAGGAGAGAAUUUUGAUAGCAGUGAUGUUCAUCUGCUGCUUCAGGAAGCCCAGAAGGCUAAAGACCUACUCAAGAGCAUCAAACAGAUUUUUCAAAGAAGAAUUGGUGGCUCACUUAUUAGUAGAAUAGCAGAUGUUUCCACAGAAUUUGCAGAUACAGCACCUUCCAGUUUCUUACCAAAGCCUCCAAAGCACAAAGGACCAUUAGUUAUUCAAUCACCAUGCGUCCUGGCCAAAACCUCGACAGACUGGUUAAAGACAAAUGGAUUGAAAGCUAAAAAGUUAAACCUUUAUCAAGUGUUGGCUCCCAAUGCCUUCUCUCCUGUGGAAGAAUUUGUACCUAUUCUUAAAAAAACAGUAUCAUCAACUCUACAUGAGAAAGCAAUGACGCAGUUCGAAUGGUAUGAUGGAACUGUGAAAAAUAUCCAUGUUGACCUGCCAGUAUUAUACAACUAUCAGAAGCUCCUUGCUAAAACGGUAAGAAUCUAUGAGAAACGAAUUGACUGGCUAUCUGUUGCUAGCAGAAGAAUAUGGGGAAGUGUUUGUGAAACAAGGGUUGUUAUACUACUUGAUAUAUCAGUGACAAACUCCACAUACAUCAUCCAUAUCCAGCAUUCUUUGCGACUUUUACUUGAGGAACAAAUGUCAAAUAAAGAUUACUUCAAUAUUAUAGCAUUUGGGAGUGAUGUUGUGCCUUGGCAGCUGGAAUUGGUUCCUUCCCAGCCAGAAAACUUAGAAAAUGCUUGGAGGUGGGUGUUGGGCUUGCAGUGCAAAGGGAGUAGAAACUUCAUGAGUGCUCUCAGGAGAGCUGUGGAAGUAGACUUCAAAGACAAAGAUAAACACAAAUCACAAGGACUUUACCUGCUGACUACUGGAAUACCUGAUCAGGAAACACACACAAUCAGUGCAUAUGUUUCUGAGGUUUGCAGAGGUUUUGAUUUGCAGCUUCAUGUCUGUCUGUUCAGUGUAAUGGAGGAUGUUGACUCCAGUAGGACUAUUCCAGCCCGCUGUGCUAACCCAACUGAAACUGCCGUUGCUUUUAAAGAAAUAGUACAGGCAGCCAAUGGGAGAUUUCAUUGGUUUGGAGAAGCAGGUAUUUUUGAAAGUGAUGAUAUCACUGUUAUUGUGUCUGAAAUGGAAAAAGCAAACAACUACUCCCAAAAGUGUGCAUUCCUAGCAGAAUCCUUGAAGCAACGUUCAGUAAAUCAGUCUGUUGGUCCAUUUAUACCAGAAGGAGACUCAAAUGUGCUUCUGAAGAAAGAGAAAAGAAAGCCACAGAAGUUGCUGUCCCCUAAACCCACAGCUCUUAGUCUGGCUAGAAUGUGUAUUAAGGACAACCACAGUGCAGAGAGAAAUGCUUCCAAAAGAGUACUGGCAUGGCGUCCUACUAGUGCUAAAGCAGAAAUUCCACCAGCACAAACAAUAAAAGAAUGGCCUCAGACUGAGAAUAAAAGAAAGCAUAAACCCAGGAAGCAGCCAGAGUUUUCUGCGUCAGUAUUUUAUACUGAUAAAGGAAGAAAUGUGGGUACAGUAUACCGAAAGUAUCCAAGGAUAAUGUGCAUAAGAAAGUCUGUUCCCUCUGUUACAUUGCCAAAAAAAGAGGAAAUCUGUUCAAGCAAGGAGUGGCUGACCAAGUACAGUAUUAAAAAGCUUAAACUGGAAUUGCCCAGACUGAUGUUUGGUCCAGGCUGUACUCACCAAAAGAAAACUGUGAAGUCUCUGCACAAGAAAGUAUCAGCAAAAUACUGUACAAUCUUCCCUAGUGUAGAAAUCAAUGGAGUUGUGAAACAUCUGCAGUUUCAACCUAAAGAACUUGAAAUCUACACUGAACAGCUGGAAAAAUUGUUGCAGCGGUACAUCGAAAGAAUACAGUGGCUUCUGUCAGGAAGCCGAAGAUUGUUUGGUACCAUUUUAGAAGCAAACGUCUGUGUUGUGAUUGAUACAUCUGGUUCCAUGGACCCAUAUUUGCCACAUAUCAUGAAAGAACUUACCUCACUUAUCUGGGAACAGCUGAGAAAAAAUGAAGUCAGGUUUAACCUGCUGAGAUUUGCAGAAGAUACAGAGAGUUGGAAGGAGUGUCUUGUAGAGGCAACUGAUGAAACCUGUCAUGAUGCUGUGCAGUGGGUGUCCAAAUUCCAUGCUUAUGGUAAUACGUGCAUCCUUAUGGCUUUAAAGAAGGCUCUCAGUUUCCAAGGUAUAGAGGCACUGUACGUAUUGACUGAUGGAAAACCAGACACCAGUGGCAGACUGAUUUUGAAAGAAAUUGAGGGAUUGAGAAAGAAACAAGAUAUUAAAAUCCACACCAUUUCUUUUAGCCGUACAGACAGAAGAGCUAAUGAAUUUCUGAAGAAGCUUGCUUCCCAAACAGGAGGGCGCUACCACCGCAGUUUUGGAGAUGCAGAUGAACAAUUAGCAGCACACAGAAUGCUGACAGAGGGGCUUGAUGAUGAAGAUGAUCCAGUUUUCCCUUACUUUGAAGGAGAUGAUUUAAAGAAACUUACUCAAGAAGCAGCAAAAGCUAGAAGUUUCUUAAAGCAGUCAAAGUCUUUGAGAACAAGAAUGUUCUGCCAAGUCUUCAGGUUAUUACUUAAAAAAUGGAAUAUAAACCAAAAGGACGAUUCUGGCUUUUAAAAAAGUGCUCAGGAUCAAAUUAUAGAUGAAGAAAAGAUGCUGAAGAGGUUUGGAGUGGUACAACUAGCCUGCUUCUUUUCAGAGUGUGCUUAAAGCUUCUAGCUUCAAGCGGAAAGAGGGAACAUGUAUUCUUUGUUGUCGCUGAACUUCUGGCAAGAGGAGUUACAAAUGAUAAGUGCUGCUGACUUAUUCCAUUUGCAGACUUUGCAGGACUCAAAGUAAAUCAAGCCCUGAACUCUCUGAAGUUUAAAUAUAAGUAGAGGAUAUUUCUUAAUAUAGCUAAUACAAAUUUUAAGUGUAAUGUAUUUCUAGUGUAAUUAGGAGUUAUACAGGAUCACAAUUUUUGCUUCUUUUCUAUUCUACUGCAUCAUACUAAUAAUUGCUUCAAUCGGUUGGUGGUAGGUCCGAGAUGUCUUUUUUUGGCAGUGGUCUGAGACUUCUUUGCUGGUGCUUAUUAUCCCUAGCAGAUGGGACAGAUGGCUGUGUUACUACAAAGAGAAUUCUGUAUGCCAGUUUUGCAUAGGCGGCCAAGAAAUAACCUUAGUGCAGAAAACAAAGCUUGGAAUGAAUGUGUUUGACAAAAGAAUUUGCUAAUAAUUAUUUUGCCUCUCUGCUUUCUAUGUUGGCAGUAGCGAAGGAUAUAGACUUGAUGAUUCAGAAAUCAUCAGACAUGUAAACAAGUAAUAUCUUAUUGCUGAUAAAGCCUGGUUAUGUUCUGCGUGACCAGACACUGCCAGUCUUCUAAGGAAUUCCAUUAAGUUCUUAUGUGUUUCCUGUCCUAGAGAGAUUAAAAAUAUGUUUGCCAGUACCAUAUAAGAAAAUCCAGUUUAUUGCAGCUAGCUUAAUGAGGCAUAUAUUUUUCCAGUUGAUUUAUUAAACACACUUCUUUUUUUUAAUGAGGAACUCUGUAAUGACAGCUCAUGAGUAUUUUGUAGGUGUUUACGGUUGUCUUUCAGAAGGUUAGGAAUUAAUCUCAGGUGAUUAAUGUAUGUAAUAUUUAAUGAAAAUGGAUUCAGACUUCAAAAUUCAGACACUUGACCUGAGUUUAUUCAGGAGCCAUUUUUAUCUCUUGAGUGCCAGCUGAUGGGAAUGACUGGAUACACUGAUAUGGGAGAUAGUAUCUUUUCUGUCCUUCCGUCUGUUUUGUCUCCAUAAAAAAAUAAAAAUUAUUUCUAUCAUAAAAGUCUCUUUGGUGUUGUAUGCUCUGCAGCAGCUGUCUCCUGCAUUCUACCAGCCUGCUGUGGAAUACUGCAGUUAAAAUGGUGUUUUGUGCUAUGCCUCACUUUCUGCGAUUUUAUUAGUAUGUGUGUUGGUAUAUGUGUAACUGCUGAGAUGCUUUGAUAUGAAAAUGUUAAUUGUAAAUGAAUGGGAUUAGUUACAUUUUUAUUUGGGAUAUAUAAAUAUUAGAUGAUGAUCGCUCAUAAGAUGAGUGGAUUUGUACUAAUAGAAAUGUUAGAACAUUAAAUCCAGGUGGAAAGGAUAGGUUUAUGUAUUGCCGGAAAGAGAUUCUUAUUUAUUGCUUGGAGGAUAAAAAAGUCACAAUACUGUAGCAUAGAUUCUGAUAUUCUUAUAAAAGUCCUUUAAAAGAACCUUAAAAGGAAAUAUAUUUGUGCAGGUACAUUAAAUUAUAUUAGAGACUUUUUGUGAAAUAAGAUAGUAAUGUGCAAGUCAGAUUUUGCAAAUGUGGGUAAGCAUCAGAGUAUUUCAGUGUGUUAGAUUGCAAUCUGUUACACCUCCCAUUUACAGCCUUGGUUUUUCCCUGUAUAGUAUUUGGCAUUCAGAGAUUUUGCUCAUUCAAAACUAUUCCGUUUACGCUGUGUCUCUAUAGACUGAUUGUCCAUGGAUCUAUGUAACCCUAAAUUCACAGCAACCUACACUAAUACUCAUCUCAUCACUCAGUAGUUUGGUUUGGUUUAGACUGGUCACUUGUUUCCCUGGGCAGAGCAUAGCAAGUUUCUCUGGUUCUCUUGAGCGUGCUCCCAGGCUUAAAGUAGGCGUUAGGAAUUCAGGAGUCUUCUCUUUGCUGGUGGUGGUGGAGCUAAGGGUUUCUAAGUCUCCUGUUCAAGAAAAAUGCAACUGAAAAGUAAGGAACAAAUGUUGACGUUAGAAUUUGUGUAACCACAGAAGCUAUAAAAUAGUCAUGUGUUACAGUAUUUAGCCAUUGCAUCCCAUCCAACUUCACUACUUUUGUAAGUGUUUUCAGGCUGUGCAGCCUCUCUCGGUGCUCCCGAAGCCUUGUUGUCUUGCAGGCUGCUCUGCUCGGAGCAGCUCCUUCCUUUAGUUUCUGUCUCCUGCCUGUUACCUACCUGGAAACGCCCGUCCUACCUGCUCCCAUCAAUCCGAGGGCUACUUAGUCAGGAAGACAUUUUAAGGAGAUGGUUCAGCUGUGGUGACCUGAUCAAUCAAGUGCUCUGUUAAUGACGUUUCAGUGUUGAACUGUCAGGUAUAUGUCAUUUGCUUUCCUGGUUUAUUGUUCCUGGAAUGCAAUUUACUGUAUUCAAGACAUAAUAAAAGAGGAGUUUUAUAAUU